UGUGUGUGUGUGUGUGUGUGUACCUCCCCACCCACACACACACACACACACACACACAGAGGGAUCCUCCCAGCACACACAGGAAAGCGGAGCAGAGCAGAGAGCCUCCAUCAGGGCAGCAUCACCACCAUGCAGGCUCGCAUCCAUCACGACACGCGCUAACAUCCAGCAGAACAGCAACACGAGAGCACGAGCGGACAUCACAGGCGCUCGCGCAGUAAUGUAAAGAUGGCGAGGCUGCUGCACAACUUGCUGCUGCUCUCUGUCUGGCUCGCGCUGAAGCUCAGGCUGCUGGGCUACUGGUCUUUCGUCUACGGCUACUGCGCCCUGUGCACGGCCACCGCACUGCUCAGACUCUGGUGGAACAUCCUGCUGCGACCCUCCAGCACCUUUCAGUGGUCAGUGCGCGAGACGCCACCUUCAUGUCUGAGCGACACGUCCUUGGGAACGCACUGCUACGUGAGGAUAAAGGAGUCUGGACUCAGAUUUCAUUAUGUAGCUGCAGGCGAGAGGGGCAAGCCACUUAUGCUGUUUCUGCAUGGAUUCCCCGAGUUCUGGUUCUCAUGGAGACACCAGCUGAGGGAGUUUAAGAGUGAGUUCCGUGUGGUUGCCGUGGAUAUGAGGGGCUACGGGGAGUCCGACCUGCCCCCCUCCACCGAGUGGUACCGGCUGGACUACCUUGUUACUGAUGUCAAGGACAUUGUGGAGUAUCUGGGAUACAACAGAUGUUUCCUUGUGGGUCAUGACUGGGGAGGGAUCAUCGCAUGGCUCUGCGCCAUUCACUACCCUGAGAUGGUGGCGAAGCUGGUAGUGCUGAACAGCCCUCACCCGUGUGUGUUCACAGAUUAUGCUCUUCGUCACCCCAGUCAGAUGCUCAAGUCUAGCUACUUCUUUUUCUUCCAGCUACCACGUUUCCCAGAGCUUAUGCUUUCCAUCAAUGACUUUAAGGCUCUGAAGAGUUUGUUCACCAGCCGAAGCACAGGGAUUGGACGAAAAGGCCGCUGGCUGACCACAGAAGAGCUGGAGGCUUACCUGUAUGCCCUGUCCCAGCCCGGAGCCCUCACCGCCUCGCUCAACUACUUCAGAAACGUCUUCAGUUUCCUCCCUCUCAGUCAGAGUGAAGUGCGCUCACCUGUGCUGCUUCUGUGGGGAGAGAGAGAUGCUUUUCUGGAGCAGGACAUGUCCGAAGCCUGCCGCCUCUACAUCCGAAACCACUUCCGCCUCAACAUUAUCUCUGGAGCCAGCCACUGGCUGCAGCAGGACCAGCCUGAUAUCGUCAACACACUCAUAUGGACUUUCCUCAAGGAGGGAGAGGGACGCAAAAACUACAGGAACUGAUUUUCUGAAGGGGGGCCUUCAGCCUGCAGAGGGGACCGGGGAUAUGCCUGUGAAAAAAAAAAACACAACCACAACAACAACAACAAGAAGCAUUCAGUGGGCUAUCUCACAGAGAUUUCUCAGUUUGCCAGAUAACCUAGCCAGAGGUCAAGCUUGUUUAAACUACAAUACUUGAUGACAUUGGCAUGAUACAUGAUAUGUUUAUGCUUCGUUUUUUGGAGGUUUGUGAACAAGUUGGAAGGGACAAGAUGCACCAGCAAAACAGUCGUGCCAUGUUUUAAAGAGGCUGUGAAAAACUUUUGUCUUUGUUUAUAAUUGAAUAAUUCCUUGCUGUUGGAAAAAACCUCACAUCUCCAGUUUUGGCCUUUUUUAUUCUUUGACAUGAUUUGAAAAAGGCAGUUCCCCUUUAUCUUGUGUCAAAAGGUGUCAUGAUGAACAGACCAACUAAAGCAGAUCAAAAUGACUUGGAAAUAAAUAUUUCUCCAUUUACUUCUGGAGAACUUAACUACUGAAAGUUAAGAAUGUUCUUCCUUGUCCUGUAAAGUUUCCUUUUUGAAGAUACGAGGUUUUGUUCCUACAGCAGCCGAUUGAAAAAUCCACCCAUCCAUCCAUCCAUCCAUCCAUCCAUCCAUUUUCUAAGCCGCUUCUCCCUCAGGGUUGCGGGGGGGUGCUGGAGCCUAUCCCAGCGGCCAUCGGGCGGACGAUUGAAAAACGUAACUAGUUAAAGGGGAAUUCCACCAAUUUUUCAAAACUUUCUGCAUAAUUCAGUCAUUGCAUGGCUUACAAAAUCAGUUAGAGGAGUUGAUUUGGCUAUGAAAUGGUUCAUUGUGGAGAAAUUUGCUGAAGAGUUCUUUACAGUAGAGGUGAUGGGAACCAGUGAACAUAUUCAUGUCUUCUGUGUUGUUCUACAUAUAAGGAUAAAAGUGUUAAAUCUUUUAAAGUACUAUUUUUCCUGUCCACCAUGAAUGGAUUUAAGAAACUUAUCUUAGGCCAAAACAUUCUCAAAAGUAUUGUAAAACAACAUCAGGCAGUGUAUUCAUAACCAUUUCAUACAAUAACUUUGUCACCUCCGCUGUGAACAAUUCUGGCUCAGUAAGUUUAUCUAGACUGCGCUUAGAUUCAUCUGAAGUCAUAUUACCCCCAUAUAACCCCUGAAGGGUUGUUUAAGUUAUGACAUUUUCAUUAAUUACUUUCAUUCAGUUUUUCAUUUUGGUUUUUCAUUGCAGUUUAGUGUGUUAUUUUUGAGAGUGCAUUAAUAGUUUUAGUUGUGCUUUUAUUCUCUGAAAUGUGACAGUUUUAUGUUAGUCUUUGUUUAGUUUCAGUUUCAGUUUCAGUUUUAUUUGUUAGAAUUAUGAUGAAUGCUGUGAUAGCAGGUACUUGAUCAGAGCUCAGUAGACUGAGCUGGGCUCCAGCUUUCCCUAAAGACAACCGAACACAGAAAAGUUCAUCGUCCCCUUCCUCAUUCAUUUUACAGUUGAGUUUUUAGUUUGGUUAUAGUUUUAGUUCAUUAUAAUAACCCUGCCUGUAUUACAAUGGGGACUUUUCGGUUUUUGACAAGCCUCUACUUUUGGAUGAAGUGAUCUGGCUUACUGAGAAAUCCUGCUUGGUGAAAUGCCACCCUGGUUAACGCAAGCAUCCUUUUGAAUUUGACACAUCUCAGAUAACCUAACAAAACACAAGAACAAAGCCUAGAGGAGAAGCACAUUCUAAUAGAAGAGGCUAAAUAGAGAGUAGCGCGUUUUGAUCAAUUUUUCUCCAGUUUGCACAUGACAUUCGCCUUAAAAGUCUGUUGGUGACAACAUUUGUAAGUAAGUGUGUGGCAAAAUCUCCUUGUGAGUGCGUUGUAUUGUGUGGUGCCUUUUGACUUAAAAUUGUACCAUUUUGCGACAUAAAAAGAUGUGCCAUGUCUGUGGAAGUUGAGCUGUGGGGUCGCUACUCUUUAAUCCAGACAAAUCUGCUGGGACUAGAAUCCCUCUAUUUCUCUUUCAGGUAGUGUUGUCUUUAUGGAUAAAUAUUGAAAAUAUUUGAAAAUAUUGUUCCUCUCCUUUUUUUGUAUUUUUUGACAAUACUUGGCGCAGAAAUUUGAGAAUGUCAUUAUUUUGAUCCUCCUGUAAGAUAAAAAUGAAAGUGAUGUUUAAAUAUUGUACUUUUUUGUAUCUCUUCCUUACACGCUGCAUAUAAACAGGUCACUAAACCAGCUCUGCACCAUUUUGGUUUUAUAAGCAAAUAAAUGAUAGCCAGAA